AUGAAAUCACACAAAGGCUUAUUUGUCGUUCUGGAGGGCCUUGAUCGGGCGGGUAAGUCGACACAGGCAAAGAUGUUAGCAGACGCUCUCAGCAGUAUCUAUGGUAUGGAGACCUACCUUCUCGGCUUCCCCGACCGCUCCACAACAAUUGGACAGUGGUUAAAUGACUACCUCUCCGGUAAAGUCGACAUCAGUCCGCAUGCCGUUCACCUCCUCUUUACUGCUAACAGAUGGGAGAGAGCGUCAGACAUCCAAACAGCUCUGGCGGAGGGUCGCUGUGUUGUGCUGGAUCGCUACAGCUACUCAGGCAUCGUCUACACCGCCUCAAAGGAGCAUCCUCACCCCCCUACUUGGGAAUGGUGUCUACGUAGCGAGGAGGACCUACCCCAGCCCGAUCUUGUGGUCUGUCUCACCCACUCCAGCGUGGACGAUUUAGCGGAUAGGGGUGCCUACGGAAAAGAACGCUUUGAAAAUGCCCCCUUUCAGACUCGUGUACUUGCCAACUACCGGCGAUUGGCGAAAGAGUUUGAGGAGAAGCGUCGAAGAGGAGAAGUGGCACCGCCCUGGAGAUGGGUCAAUGUGGGAAACCUGGACAUUCUUGAGGUACAUAAAGUGGUGCUUGAGGUAGUUCUGGAACAUGUCCCAAACAAGACUUAA